GCUUCUUCUGCUGAGAAAUAUAGCCCAAAUAAAAAUAUAUAUAGCCUAUAUUACAUUGCAGGUUAACCGCACUUGUUGAAAAAAGGGGGACAGCUGGUGCACUUUUUUUGGUUGUAUUUCCAUAUUUUUGGUUAAUUUCAAGAUUUUUUUUUAAUAUGAAGCAUUUGCAAUUUGUGCUCGUCCUGGCCAUCGCGGUUAACGUGUGGGAAUGUGGAGACGCAAAAUUCGGCGAGAGGGGUGAAAUUAGCCCCAGAAGGAGAAGAUGUUACGACGGAAGCUUGCCCAAGCGGCUGAAGAAAAGAGAGCGAAAAGUGCUGCUUGACGGCAGCAGCAGCGGAGAAGUUUGCCACAGGUUGUAUCCCCGUGUGUCCUGCUGUCCCACCAGGAGAGCCGCCUAUCAGAUUCUGCACCGCAGGGAUGCCAGGAUUUUCUCCACCAACAACACAGAAUGUGGACGUCUCCUGGAGGAGAUCAAGUGUGCUCACUGCUCCCCCAAUGCCCAGGUGUUGUUCCACUCCUUGGACAUGGAUAAGAUGCCACACAGGGAGCCAGACCUGCCGCGGCUCUGCCAGGACUUUUGCCGCGAGUUCUACUACACCUGUAGGGGGCAAAUACCAGAACUUUUCCAGGCCGAUGUGGAUGAGUUCUGCCAAUACUAUGGGAGGAGAGAUGCCAGUCUGUGCUUUCCAGAUUUUCAACGAAAGCAACCACAAGGACAAGAUUCCAACUACUUGGGAGAUGAGAAAAUAGAAGAUAUCAGCAGGAAACACAAACACAACUGCUACUGUGCCCAGGAGAUGUUGAGUGGUCUGAGGCAGCCGGUAGCUGUGGUGCACUGUGGGGAUGGAUCCCAGCGGCUUUUUGUCCUGGAGAGGGAGGGAAUUGUCAGGAUACUCACCCAUGACCUCGAGCUAAUCAAAGAGCCCUUCCUGGACAUCCACAAGCUGGUGCAGAGCGGCCUGAAGGGUAGAGAUGAAAGGGGACUGCUAAGCCUGGCAUUCCACCCCAAUUACAAGAAGAAUGGCAAGCUCUAUGUCUCCUACACCACCAACCAAGAGCGCUGGGCCAUCGGACCACACGACCACAUUCUCCGUGUGGUUGAGUACACCGUUUCAAGGAAAAACCCGAACCAGGUGGACACCCGGACUGUCCGGGUGCUGAUGGAAGUAGCUGAGCUGCACAGGAAGCACCUAGGUGGUCAGCUUAUGUUCAGCCCUGAUGGUCUGUUGCACAUCAUCCUGGGAGAUGGCAUGAUCACCCUGGAUGAUAUGGAGGAGAUGGAUGGACUCAGUGAUUUCACAGGGUCUGUCCUGAGAGUGGAUGUGGACACGGACUGCUGCACAUCACCUUAUUCCAUACCACGGAACAACCCAUACUUCAACAGCACUAACCAGCCACCUGAAAUCUUUGCCCAUGGAUUACAUGACCCAGGCAGAUGUGCAGUAGAUCGACUUCAGACCGACAAUGGGAGUCUCCUGAUCCUCUGUACAGACGCCAGUGGCAAAAACACAUCAGCAGGAAGAAUACUGGAGAUUUCUAAGGGGAAAGAUUACGAAAAUGAGCCUUCUGUUUAUGACCUGCAGUCUAGUGGAGGAGCACCACCUGUGGGGGGAUUCAUCUACAGGGGCUGCCAGUCUAGAAGACUUUAUGGCAGUUAUGUGUUUGGAGAUAAAAAUGGUAACCUGCGGAUCCUCCAGAAGUCUACAUUGUCAACAUCAGCAAGUGGUGAACAGUGGCUGGAGAAAGCGCUGUGUCUGGGCUCAGCUGGCUCCUGUGGUUCUAUGCCUGUGGGACACAUCUUGGGUUUUGGAGAGGAUGAACUAGGUGAAGUCUACAUACUGGCAAGCAGUAAAAGCAUGGCACAGUCACACAGUGGGAAACUCUACAAGCUGGUAGACCCCAAAAGGCCUCAUGCCCCUAAGGAGUGCCAGCGUCAGGUAGAGCCUCCAGAGCUGCUGAUGACAGCUUGUUCCAGACACUGUAAGAACGGUCACUGCACUCCUACUGGCAAGUGCUGCUGCAGCCCCGGUUGGGAGGGACCCUUCUGCCGAGUUGCCAAAUGUGAACCAGCCUGCCGCAACGGAGGCGUGUGUAUGGAGCCCAACAAGUGCCUGUGUAAGAGCGGCUACUCUGGGGCCCAGUGUGAGAAGAGUGAGCGGGGUAUGCCCAAUGACCAGGAGAAAGAUGGCAUACUGGACCACAUCAUUGACAUGACUUCGUACCUCCUAGACCUGACCAGCUAUAUCGUAUAGUUGUGCGCAGAGGGGGGCUGCUCCUCGAUGUCAUCCUCACGUUGACACAAAUCUACCUACCACCACCAGCAGACUCUAAUGAGGUGUCCUUAAUAUGGCCUCUUAAUGUCCCUCACAACCAGACAGACACGUACACACACACACACACACACACAAAUACACACAGGAUCCCAAUCAGACUGCUUUUCAUCCUCAUCACCGAACUCUUCCUCUUUUGCCUAUAAGCUACUUGCUCUUGAGCACCAGGCCUGGCAUCCAAGCCGUGUUCACUUUUCAGAGAGACCUGCAGACAGCAGCGACAUGAUUGACAAGCAUGGCCAAGGUAUGGAAGUUCCACUAAGACAUUUCCUCUGUCGUUCAGAAAAUGCUCGCACACAGAUGACUCCACAGGAACAGGAACUCCACAGGAACAGACCAUUUUAACUCAAGACUGUGGAUCUUUUCAGGGGCUAUCUGUCGCCUUAUGUAAGCCCCCCCCCCCCCCCCCCCAAAAAAAAAAAGACAACACAAAAUGGAGUUUGAGGCUUUUCAGCGGAGACAGUUGAUUGUUCAGGGUUUCUUUAAGGAUUUUAAAUUGUGGCGUGACUCAAGAUCCAGCUUGUGCUCAUGGUCCAUUCAAAACCCAAAAAGUCUACCCAGUCUAUAUACGCAGACUUUGAAGGAAUACUCUGCACCUCUUCCUCAGUUUUAAAAAGCUGAGAGGUCAGUAAGAGUCUUGGGUCACAUAGAGUCUGCAGUGCUUUGUGCUAUACUAUCCUAAAGGCACUAAUACAAGAGAGACAAAACAUGGUGUCUCACUUAUGAUGUUGUAUUUAGUUUGUGGGCACAUUGUCAUUUAAAGCUAUAUCAGUAUACAUUAUGUAUACUUUGUUUUGCAAUACUCACUUGCUAUCAAUGUACAGAAUGGAUCUACAACAGAGGACUGUUACCUACACAGAAAUAGGAACAACCGAGUGAGAACAUUUUGUCAAAGCCAGUUUCACACAAUCUGAACGGAGUUAUUGGCUCCCAUGCACUGUAUUCAUAUUUUUUGUUUCAUUCACUUUAUUAUUCAAAAUGAAUUUGUCAUUAAGCGCAUUGAAAGUAGUUUCACAUUCACACAUACACAUCAUACUAUCACAGUUAUGGCUCAACAAACUUCUUUCAUUGUGUCACACACUGAAACUGAACCUGAACUCAAAACUAUAAAGGGAAGAGAUACGCGGUUAUGUAUAUUUCCAAUAGAGCUUACCUAAGUACUACUUAGCAUUGCAAAAAAAACUAUAGCAUUACUAUUGUUAUCAUAGAGGAGGGUUUAUUUUUUUAAGCGUAAUAAUAUAUGGGAGAGAAUGGUGUUUAUAGAAAGCAGUUUUACACUAAGCUUGUCAGUUCAUGUCAUUUCAUGUUAUUGUACUUAUACAUAUGCAGCUUUUUCCUAUGUUACGAAAGACACAUGAGGCGUGUGCAAGUAAUGCAUGUCUGUGCCUGCAUAGAGUAAUUUGGGUCCAUCUAAUUCUUUUCCCUGACAUGUGGUUUCAUUACUACUGUCAGAAAUGUUCACAGUCUUAUCUGUGGAGAGCAGAUUUAAGAUUAACCCAAGGAUAAUUAAUGGAGAUAAGUUUGAACGUUACACUUUAAUGAGCAUCUGACUCCUACACGUAGUCAAAAAAAAUAGUUAAACACAGACUGGGAUUGUCUGGAGCCACAUUAGUGUGUGUCUUUUCAAAUGCCAAACUGAAGUUCAUACAGAUGCAGAACACAUACAUGCAUUCCCAUAUUCUCUUAAACUAAUAACUUAUCUUAUUAAGAACUUCACAUUUGAUAUUCUUCCAUUUAAAUUCCAUAAGAUGAGUUGUGAAGGUAAACAGUUGCAGUUUUGCUGUCUUCCCAACAUUUACUUUGAAAAAAAGUUUCCAAGUAUCAUGGUUAAUUGAAGUUCAGUGUCUGUGUUUGUUCUUCAUCUCCCGCCUGGCUUGUGUUUGCUGAAAUAAAUCAACUAUACCUGGUCAAAAUGGAAUUCAUGCUGUAAAAUGGAAAAAAAAAUGUUAGCACUUAAUGUGAAAGUUGCAUUGUAGCUGCUGAGACGGCGUGGUGUGAAUAGAAUAACCAUUUUCAUUAUUUAAGUAGUUACACAAAUAAAAUGAUUAUUUAAGUUCUCUAUGUUGUUUUUACCAUUGUACUGUAUGUGACAUUUUUUAUUCCUGUAUUGUAAAUAAAACUAGGGAUAACUUUGUUUCUCUACAGAAAUAUCAAUAUGUCUAUUAAAAUUUAUAGCAUGUCUGAAA